UCAGAACACUUCAACCUUUGUGUUGUAAAGAACAAACCAAACUUAUUAAAGUUGUAACACCUCUUCACGUUGAUUUAUAAGAUGGCUUCCAAUAAUCGGGAAUUGUUCUGUUGUGAUAUCUGUGGGGAGGGAAGGAUGACUAUCGUUGAACUGAAGUCCCACAUGGUAGUUGCUCACAUUGAAGGAGCAAUAUCUUGUCCCUUUUGUGACCUAGGAGAUAUAACUGUUGAUGAAAUGUAUGAUCACGUGAACAGUGUUCACCUAGACUUGCAAAAUCCAGACGGGGAAAAUCUUGCUUCUCCUCAAAAUGAUUCUCAGCCACAAAUCAAAAUUGACAAUUAUGCUUUUACAAAUUCUUAUGCUUCAGAGUCUCCCGAACGAACGAAACUUAAGCUAAAUCUUAACUAUGCUGCUGCUAAUGCAUCAGUAUUAAGUCCCCAAAGUUGUGGCUCAUCAGGAUUUAUAACAUGCCCACUCUGUGACUUUAAAGAUUCGUCACCUAAUAAAGUACAGGAACAUGUCAAUCGUCGACAUUUUGAUCUCACCAGUCCUUCAUUUCCAGAUUUUUUGUCACCCGAUAGUGCAGGUAAUCUUGUGUUUAAAUGUCCGGUGUGUAAUCGAAGUUUUGAAACGGGUCCCGAUCUAGAAUUGCACGUUAACCUUGAUCACCCAGACAUUCUCAGUCCAAUAAAGUCUUCUGAAGUGACCCCUAGUGAUGAGAAUUCCAAUGAACGUUGUCCAAUGUGCAGUCGAUCAGAUUUUGCCAAUGGAAUGGAACUUGCAACACACAUCAAGGAACAUUUUGAUCAAAAGGUCCAGUCUUCAAUGACAGUGUCUCCUCAGACCCCAUCUAAGUGGCCAUCAGCUAGCAACUCUGAAGAUGGCGCCUUGUCAGACCAUUUACUGGCUCUGGAGAUCGAACGACGUGAGCGGGAAGAGCAACGCUUAAGGGAACAACGGGAGUUCCGUAUGUUACAAGCUCAGUACGGCAUGGACAAUCUGGGAAACUAUCACGAGCAGUCGAUCACUAAUAUGCAACAGGCAGUUUACGCGGGCGAGAUGAGUGUCCUGGAUUACUAUAACAGACAAGCAGAACUAAAGAUGGCUGAACAAAAUGGAAUAGAUGAUGGCCACUCCUGUACUAAAGAUGGUAUAAUUCAACAGUUGAAACCCAAACUUUUAGAUGGUAUAAUUCAACAGUUGAAACCCAAACUUUUAGAUGGUAUAAUUCAACAGUUGAAACCCAAACUUUUAGAUGGUAUAAUUCAACAGUUGAAACCCAAACUUUUAGAUG